AUGACGACGCAUCUGCUGGCCUCGGAGCUGGCCAACCUCAUCCAAGAGAGCAAGCGCAAGCACAAUGACCUGCGACAGGCUGCAGAAAAGUCCCUCGAAGAACUCAAGCAGCUGGGAAAUGUGUCCGAGCAGGCGGCCCCGGAGCUGCUCUCCCAGAAGCCAAGCUUCGUCAACCCCUUCAUCAUUGCGUGCGGCACCAAGAACGCCAAGUUUACCGGCAUCGCCAUCGUAUGCCUGCAGCGCCUGAUUGUCGCCCGCGCGCUGCCCCGCGCCAAGCUGAACCAGGUCCUCGAGGCCUUGAUGCAGGCCUCGUCGGCAGGGCUCGACGUGCAGCUCAAGAUCCUCCAGGCGCUGCCUUCGCUUCUGCAGAACUAUGCCGACGACAUUCGUGGCGAGUUGCUGGUCACGGCGCUCAACAUUUGCUUCAUCCUGCAGAGCAGCAAGAAUGCCAUUGUCAACAACACGUCCGCAGCAACCUUGCAGCAGCUGGUCGUGUCCGUCUUCGACAAGGUCGUCGCCGAGGACAAAAAUGGAGCCGACGUCCCGGUGGCGGGCGAAGCGUCCACCCCAGAUGGCAGCGUCGAGCUGCGAGCUGCGGCUCUCGACGCCUACAGAAUCUUCCACGACUUGUGCCUCAUGACCGAGAAUCAGCGUCCCGAGUUCCUGCGCUUCUCGGGCCUGCCGCAAACGUUCGGCCUGGAGCUGAUAGAAUCCGUCAUCACCAAUCACGCGGCCGUGUUCACCACCCACCCUGAGCAGGCUCAGAUCCUUCGAACUCGAGUCAUGCCUCUCGUCGUGAGUGCUCUCAAGGGCAAGCCGUCGUUUGCCACGUCGGUGCGGCUUGUGCGCAUUCUCUACACCAUGUUGCGGCGCCACAUCGGCAUCCUGCCCUCCGAGUGCGGAGACGCCCUCGAGAUCCUCACGCAGCUGCUCGACCACGACACCGCCCUUUGGAAACGAGCGCUCUGUAUGGAGGUGUUUCGCGGUGUCUUUGCCGAGCAUGCUCUCGUACGACGCAUAUUUGCCCUCUACGAUGCCAAGGAGGGCGAGAGAGACAUCCUCAAGACACUCACGGCGACCUUUGUGCGGCUGAGCACGGAAAAGCCUGCGGUGAUUGGCCUCGGGCCCCAAUCGACAAUACCCGCAGCUGACAUGUCCGACUCGUCCACCACGCCGUCGGACCAAGCCAUGCUGGAGGCGAGCGGCGUGACGGGAAUCAUUGGCAGCACAGUCGGGUCAGAGAGGCCAAGUACUGGCAUCAGCACUCAGUGGAGCUCGGUCCGUGUCCCGUGCAUCGACCAGCUAGACAAGACGGACCCGCCGCCAAUACCGGAAUCCUACAUCUAUAGUCUCGUUUUGGCUUGCCUAUCCUAUCUUUCCGACGGCCUCGCCAAGUUCGUCCUGCCCCUUACCGUUCCUAGCGAAAGCAGAGGACGCCGGAAAGCCUCGAAACAGGACGCCGGCAGAGACUCGCCAGACCAGAGUGCAACAGACUCCUCACAACCCAGAACACGACCGGAAAGAUCUGGCUCGUUCAAGCGCAACCCCGUGCCAGCCAACCCGCUCGACCUAGUUGAUCACCCUAUGUACCCGGAGAUCAAGAUUUGCGCCUCGAUCGUCGACGAGUGCUGGCCAGCUAUUUUGGCCACGUGCUCGACCUUCCUGUACGCAGCUCUGGACCAGGAAUACUACCAUGGACUCGUACGGGCGUUUCAGAGAUUCGCUCACGUUGCGGGUCUGCUUCAUCUGUCAACUCCAAGGGACGCGUUCCUGACCACGCUUGGGAAAUCAGCAGUCCCUCCCAACGUGCUUACUGCGUGCCAUAGCCAGGGCCAGGCGCGUGUCACCACACCGACUGCCGCUCCCGAGACGCCAAACACCCUGUUCAGCAACGCAAGAGGUCUCCUGAGUGUCGAGGCGCUUACACCUUUAUCACCCUCAGCUGAGAAGCAGCGGCAAGCGUCUUUCGAUGCGGCUACGGCAAGCCUAAACACGCGCAACCUCCUGUGCCUCCGAGCACUCCUGAACCUUGGCAUUGCCCUUGGGCCGACGCUUGGCAACGCUUGGGGGAUCAUACUCGAGACACUUCAGCAGGCCGAUUAUGUUCUCUUUGUCACGGGCAAGGCCCCAGGGAGGACUCCGUCGCUCAGCCGUGGCCAAGACCAGCCCGAGGGUGACAACAGCUCGCUCAUGUCAAAUUUCAACCACGAGGUCCGCUCAGUUGAGACUGCCGCAUCCCGGCUCAUCGAGAGCAGCGUCGACUUUCCCAACCCAUCAUUCAUGGAAGUAGUAGAGGCAAUGUGUGGUCUUCUCGAGCAGGGUCCUGGAGAUGCUCUGGCAGUGAACAACAAGGGCCAGUCACCCCCGGCUGCCGACAAGCCGCUCCGUCCGCCCCCUGGCCAGCACCGGCGAGUUCUAAGCUUCUCCAGCCCAGCCGCCGGGUCCUCGACGCAGGAAUAUCUCUUCGCAUUGGCCAAGCUUGGUGAGAUUGCAGCCAUCAACAUUGGGCGGCUCUUGACAACCGAUCCGGCAGCCUCGGGCUGGGACAGGUUGACUGAAGAGCUCAUCCAUACGCUCGACUCGCCGGCCAUGGCUCCGCCAGUGCGGGUCAAGGCCGCCGAGACCCUCGCACGGUUGAUGCUGGAAUCUGCCAACGCUGCCACAUCCAUGUCUGCGGAAUCUCGGGGACCGAUUCAGCUACGAGUGCUGGGCGCAUUACGUGAGGCUUUGAAGCCACUACUGAAACAUGCCAGAGGCGCAUCCGUCGCCAACGUCGCUACAGACGUGGACGUCCACAGGAUAAUCCUCGAAGGCUUAAAAAGCAUCGUGGAGGGUUGCGGGGAGAAUCUCGUCAGCGGCUGGGAUGUGACAUUUGACAUCAUCGGCACUGUUUUCGACUCCAUGCCGCCGGUCGCAGAAAGACGAGGCUCCGUCGCUAAUCCUGGGCUGCUCACCACUCGGUCCUCGAAGCUCGUCCGGUCGGCCUUUAGCUCCUUGCAGCUCAUCUGCUCCGAUUUCCUGGCUUCCUUGCCAAACUCUUGUUUCCUUAUCCUGGUGGACACUCUGUACAAGUUUUGCUCACAGGAUGACGACCUCAACAUAGCUCUUACGACCGUCACGUUCUUCUGGGUGCUCUCCGACUUUUUGUCCGCCAAAGGCGAAAGCCUGGGAAUCACUGCCGAGCUGAUGCAGGGCGCAAACGACUCGGGGCUGGAGAAGCUGGCCGCCGAUCGCAGCCAACCCGGAUCCGAUGCAGCGCUGUGGAUGCUGCUCCUUCUAAGACUAACGAAGGUCGCUUCAGACGAGAGGUUGGAGCUGCGCAACAGCGCCAUUCAGACUCUGCUCCGCAUUUUCGACGCGUACGGCGAUCGCCUCAGUCCGGAGGCCUGGUCCAUCUGCAUCAAGUCUGUCAUAUUUCAGCUCAUCUCGUCGCUCGAGGAUGAGCUCAAGGGAGCCGAAGACGCAGAGUCGGAAGAAACAAAUCGAGAAGAGUGGCACGGGACAGCCGUCGUCGUGCUCAACGGCAUCUCGACCCUCUUGGCCAACUAUAUCGACAAACUGACGGCACAUCCCUCCUUCAACCAACUGUGGCGCGAACUACUGGGCCAUUUCGCGCAGCUCCUCGACUUCCACAUUCUCGAUAUCAACACUGCUACGUUCAAGGCAUUGAGCCAUGUAUUGUCACAAACCGGCAGCGACCAGAAAUCCGUGUUCAACGAUACUACGGUCGAAUUCGCAUGGGACCUGUGGUCGCGCGGUAUACCAGUUUCCAGGAGCACCGCGGGCAAAGUCGAAGAUAACCAGAACUGCCUGAUCGCUUACGUCGCAGCUCUCCGUGAGGUGUACAAGCUGAUUCAAGGCAAGCUGGACGUUGGGAGGGUGAAGCGUAUCCUCACGUUGCUGCGCGAAACUGUCGAGGAGGCAUCCGUCGGGGGCUACGUUAUGGAUAUCGAGUCCGCCACGCCUUUACAGACACAGACCUUGGCCGCUGUCCAGAUGAUUCGGACGGACGUGGACGGGGUGCCGUCGGCGAUGAUCAACCAGGUCUCGGAGUUUGUCACCCUGGCGUACGAGCUGGGACAGACGAGUGACUCCGCUGGCCCGAGACGCACGUACAUUGCCAUGUCGAAGGCGAGCAUGAAGAUCCUGGAGGGUCUCGUUGUAACCCAUGCGUCCGACAAGGAUGUCUACACAAGCGGCGCGCUUGUCACAGCCCUGUCCGCGCUGUAUAAGCCCAUUGCGCUCAAAUACCAGUUCCGCACUGUGACCAAGUCAACGCAGCCGUGGCGGCUGGCGACCUCGUCCGCCUUGGGGGUCCUGGAGGCGACGCUGAGCAGACUUGGGCCGCUGAGUGUCCCCCGCAAGACGGUCGAGACCAUAUGGGCAGUCGUCGCAUCCGUGGCGGAUGGCAUUGUCAGCGCAGAGACAGAAACGGCACCGGUUGGGACCAACUUCGCCGACGACGAAGCCUUUGAUAUCGAGUCGUUUCACAAGCUCCGCGCAUUGAUCAUUCCUGCGCUCGGCGGGGAAGCAGUGGCAGACAAGACAAGAAGAGCCUACGCCAGGAGUCUCUUCCGGACGUCGAUCAUCCACAGACUGACGUCAGAUGAAGAGUCCCUGACAGAAAAGGGCGACGUCGCUGGCCUGUCGGCACUAUACGCGCCGCGACCGGGGCGGACGGUCGCGGCUCCGCCGUCGACGCGCGCACAGAUGGCAUACGUCGUAUUUGACGAGCUCUUUGCUCUCGUCGCUGCGCAGGACCCCACGUCGGCUGGCGAGACCAAGUCCGUAUCCGCGGCUCGAUCCCGAAUCGCCCGGACGACCGCACCGUUCCUCAUUCUCCGAUGCGCGCUGACGUUGCGAGCAUACGUCGCCGAUCAGCCGCUGCGGGGGAAGAUGCCGCAGCCGCUGAGCCAGCGCAAGGAGCUGACUUGGACGCUGAGAAAGCUGGUCGAGCUGGAGAGCGACAGCGCAGCCAUUCCAGCGGUUAAGGGGGCAGAAGGCGAGGGCAGGAAGCAUCUGCUGAGGCUGUACCCCUUGCUGGUCAAGUCGCUUGGUGUGGGAGGGGACGCCAAGGUCCUGGAAUUGUUGAGGUCGGCUCUGGAAGUUGUAGGGGAUGAGUUGGGGAUUGUGUAA